AUUAAUAAAAUUUUAAUAAUUAUCACAAAAUGCAAGAUUUAUGUCCAUUGUGUUCGAAAAAUGGUCUUAAGAAUAAAAUAAAAUUAUUGCAAAUUAAUUUACAAGAGGCUGUGUGGAUAUGUGAAGAAGAAAAGUGUGUAUGGCCUUUUGGAUAUGAAGAUUUUGUAUUUUGUCCGAGAACAGUAGGAAAAGUCUGGUCUUGUUAUUGGAAUGAUUAUAAGCCAACAACACCACCAAGAUUAAAAGAAAAUCUUAUGACAUCAAGUCCUUCAAAGCUACCAUUAUGUUUUACACCUGUAAUACCUACCAAACAUAUACCAAAAGAAGUUAUCAAUAAUUUAGAUAUGCAUCCUUCAGAGAAUAUUAAUGCUACAAAUAACAGUUCAAAUAUAAUAAACUCAAAUACUAAUUUUGAUGAUCCACAUAUUUCUGUUUUUAAAGAAUCAAAUAUGAUAUCAAACAUUAAUAUUGAAGAAAAAUACAACGAUACUAAUACUUUAAAUAAUGAAACUACUGUAAGUAAUGUACAUAGCAAUAAAUUACAAUCGAUUAAUGAUAAUAUAGAAGAUAUAAAAUUUGAGAAUGAAUGGAAAAAUGUAUUAAAUGAAGAUAUUAAAGAAAAAAAUGAUAUUUCCAUAGAAAAUGUUAAAAGUAUGAAUACUGUCAAAAAGGCACCGAAAAUAACAAGUAUUGAAAAAACAAAUAUUAUUAUUUCUAAUAUGAAAAUAGGAAAUCAGAUCCCUAAUGUUAAGUUAAGAAAUGAAGAAUCUGUUCAUCAAAAAUCAAAGAAGAAAAUUUUAGAUGUUGAAUCUGUAGAUGUUACAGGAUCUGAAUUGAAACCAGAAGUUGAAGAAUUAACAAAUUUAGAACCAAGUGGAAAUAAUGAAAAUAUAUUAAAACCUAAUUUAAAUAUAACUACAAUGGAAAUAGAUGGUUUACCACCUAUCACAUUGUCAUUUGAAAUUCCACUAUGUUCUACAGCUCCUGAAACAGUAAUAGCUAAUACACAACUAGAUAGUUAUAAAAGUAAUAACACAAAACCAAACAGUUUCGAAGUGAAAGGUACAGUUGUAAAACGGAAUAUAAGUAGUGGUAAAAUAUAUGAGAAAUUCAAUUUUAGUGCAAUUAAGAAAAAGCUGGAAUCAAAUAGUUCCAGCAAUACUAAUAAUAGCAAAGAUAAUUUUUCUAAUGUGAAGACACAAAUUCAAAAGAUAGAAAAUGAUUCACCAGAACCAAAACCAAUUUCAAAUGAAAGUGCUAUUUGUGUAUCGAAUGAACUUGAUAAGUCUUAUUCUUCAGAUAUGAAGAUACAAGUUCAACAAGUAAAAAAUGAUUCACCAGAAAUAAUUUCAAAUGUGAGUGUUACUUGCGUACAAAAUCAACUUGAUGAAUCUGUAACGUCCUUAUCAAAUCAGGAAACUAUAGAAUCUGAUACUGCAGCAGUCAAUGCUAGUGUAAAUAUAGAUACUGUUUUGGAAGAGCUUAUAUGUAAUGAUUGUAGUAUUUCUGAAAAUAUAAACGAUGACUGGAUAGAAUCUCUAUUGAUCUAGAUUAAUGAUAUACUAUAAUUAAUUGUAUUUAGUUUAUCUAAACAAUAUUAUACAGUCCUAUUAUACAACUAGAAUCUUGUUUAUUUAUGGAAAUGAAAAAUUGUUACUGUUUGUAAUUUUAAACUGGAAUUAUAGAAUAACUUUUAUAAAUAGACUUGUGUUAAUUAUGUUCACUUGAUUGGUAUUUAGACACUUUGUAUUUCUUUGUAUACCUCUAAUGUCUUACAAUAUAUGACUGGCUUUGCUUUAAGAAAGAUACAAAAAUUAUCAUGUACAAAUUGCAUACAAUAUUUAAAACAAGAAAUAUUUACCAAUCACAAGGAGGACUUGAUAAAUAUAAUUAUUAGGGGUUAUAUAAAGAUAAGAUUUCUUUAUAUUGUAAAAAAUACAACAAAAAUUAACAAAACAAAUGAAGAGAAAAAUGAAAGUAAAAUAAAUCAUUUUAAAAUUUAACAAAAUGCACUGUGUUCAAUUCAAUCUUCCCAGCAAUUUUAACACUCCUUAAAUAUUAUGUUGUUUCUCAAGGUUGUAGAUUUCAUUUUAAGUAAGUAUUAUAUAUAAAUAUUAUAUGCACUCAUUUUAUAUAAUUAUUUUAAUAUUUAUAUUUCUUUAAUUAUUAGUAAAAAUUAAAUUAUGUUCUGUGCAUCAAUAAUGUUCUGUACUAAAUCUCUGUAAACUAAUCCCAAUUAAUUCUUUAUUCAGUUAUUUAAUUUAUUUAUUCUAAAUGAAUUUUAUUUUUAAACGAAUUUAUAUUAUUUAUUCUAAACUUUUAUUUAAGCCUUCAAAAAUUGAACAAUUCUGUCUAAGAGCCAAGAAAUUUGAAUUUUGUAAUUUUGCCACCUGUUGCGUGAACAUAAUUAAAUGUUAAUAUAUAUACACUUCAGCUGUAAAUAUUGUAAGAAUAAAUGACGGGAACAGUAUGAUUAUUAGAUUUGUUAAAUUAGUUUUUUCAUGCUUUAUAAUAGUACUGAAAAAUAAAUAUAUGGUUCUAUACAGAAAAAGUGGUGAUGAUCUUGGAAGCUUGUAAAAAAAGGAACUGUGAAAAAAUCUAUUUCCAUUUUCACUGUUAUAUAUACAUACAACAAUAAAUAAGACAAAUAUUUAGGUGAUCACAUUUAGCUGGGUCACUCUGUAUAAUUAAUGUAGUAUGGGAAUAUUAUAUAUUUUACAGAUAUUUACUAUACAUAGGCACACAGCUUUAUUAUGCAACACAUGGUAUAUUUAAAUAUAUGCAUUAUAAGUAUUAUAAUAGUCUUUAUGACUAAUUACAUAAUACAUUUUAUAAAUAUAUGAUAUCAUUCUAUUUAAAUAAUUUGAAAAUUUUAGUAUAAAAAUAAUUGUAUUUUUAUAUAAUCCUAAAGUAAAGAAAUCACUUCUUAUCUCUUGCAAUCCAUGUAAAAGAUGUUUAUUUUAGAUAACUGUACUAGAAUCAUUUUAUUAUUCUUUCGUAUCACUUAAAAAAGGAGGGAAUAUAACAUAAAUAUUGUUUUUUAAACAUAUUUCGACAUAAAUAAUAUGUCCUGAUAUUUUCUAUUUGUUUUAUGUAUAUAAUGUAUGUUACAAUAUAAUACAGUUUAUGCAUAAGUUGUCACGACAAUAUAUUUAAUAAAAAUGGUCUUUUUAAUAUAGUGAGUACUGCCAUGCUGUGAUUGUUUCAAGGUAUUAUAAUUGUACACAAUACAUUUUGAAAAUAUUCUAAGUGAAAGAAAUUGUCACAUGUAGUUUAUAGUCUAGGUAAUCAAUUAUCUAAUGAAUAUAAUAUUUAAAUGAAUGUUUUUAAAGAGUAAUAAUAAAGUAAUUCAAAGAGUAAUUGCUAUUAAAUGUAGUAAGUAUUUUUCUAUUUUUACAAUUAUGAAUUGAUGACGGAAUAAUUG